CCCCGCGCCGCGGCACCGCCUCCCGCCGGAUGCGCCCGCUCGGCCCGCCCCGACCCGCCCCGGCACGGCACGGCACGGCGCCGGCCAUGGCGCGCUCGCUCAACUCCAUCGUGGCCGUCAGCCAGAACAUGGGCAUCGGCAAGGACGGGCGGCUGCCCUGGCCGCCGCUCAGGAAUGAGUACAAGUACUUCCAGAGAAUGACGAGCACGGCCCGCGUGGAAGGUAAACAGAAUGCAGUGAUAAUGGGUAAAAAAACCUGGUUCUCCAUCCCUGAGAAGAACCGUCCCUUAAGGGACAGGAUUAAUAUUGUGCUCAGCAGGGAGCUCAAGGAAGCCCCGAAAGGAGCACAUUACCUUUCCAAAAGCCUGGAUGAUGCUCUAGCUCUUUUGGAUUCCCCGGAGUUAAAAAGCAAAGUCGACAUGGUUUGGAUCGUGGGAGGCACUUCAGUGUACAAGGCAGCAAUGGAGAAGCCAAUUCAUCAUCGAUUGUUUGUGACAAGAAUUUUGAAAGAAUUUGAAAGUGACACAUUUUUUCCAGAAAUUGACCAUAAAGACUACAAGCUUCUAACAGAGUACCCAGGUGUCCCUGCUGAUAUCCAGGAAGAGAAUGGGAUCCAGUACAAAUUCGAAGUGUAUGAAAAAACUGUCACGGCACAAUAAGGGAGGCAUUUUGUACUUCUGGCUAAGGGCAGGUAUUUUAAACCAUGAAGUUUUACUGAGUGUAAAGAUACAUUAAAGUUUUGAAGGAAA